GUAGUUUUACUUUGAGGCCUCAAGAUGGCGAUGUAAGGAAAUCCGUCUCCUCGGUCAAACACAGAGCAAGUUAGCUCAGGAACAAAACAAAAAAGCGCACCUAAAGCUAAAUUUCACUUCAUAUUUAGUAGAGAAUGGCCUCUGGUUUUAAGUUUGUGCGGUUUUUUGGUGGUUUUGUGUGUGGAGUUACUGUCAGCACUGGCGCUUGCGUGGCAGCAGUGAAACUGUAUCUUCGACCUGAAGAGUCCACUCAGGAGAAAGAGAGUACAGCACAGAGACUCAUUAAGCUCUAUGGGCUCCCUGAGGAUGGCGCUGAGGCCAGAUACUACACCAACCACAUUUUGUCAUACGAUCAGAGCCGAAGGACCCCGAGAUGGGUGGCUGAACACCUAUCUGAUGAAAAACUACUUGGAAAAGCAGACAGAAAGCACUGCAAAUUCAAGCCAGACCCUGACGUCCCUGAGCUGUUCACAGCACACAAUGAAGACUACCUCGGCAGCGGCUGGUCUCGAGGACACAUGGCACCAGCUGGCGACAAUAAAUUUUCAGAGCAAUCGAUGGUGGAGACUUUCUAUCUGUCUAAUAUCAUCCCACAGAAUUAUGAAAACAACGCCGGUUUCUGGAACAGGUUGGAGAUGUAUUGCAGAGAGCUGACAGAGAGGUUCAGAGAUGUGUGGGUAAUUUCAGGACCUCUUACUCUUCCAUACGUAGGAGAGGAUAAAAAGAAAACCGUCUCUUAUCAGCUGAUUGGAAAAGAUGACGUGGCCGUACCCACUCAUCUUUACAAAGUGAUCCUUGCGAGGAAAGAUCAUUCAUCUGAUGUGCUGGCUCUCGGCGCCUUUGUAGUGCCGAAUGCUCCUGUCAGUUUCAAGCAUCAGCUGAAGGAGUACCAGGUGAGCCUCACACAGCUGGAGAGAAUGUCAGGCCUGACCUUCUUCCCUAAACUGGACAAGAGCCAGAGUGUGAAGAACCUUUGCCUGCUGGACUCCUGUGAGCUCAUGGACUUUAAACGUUUCACGCUGUACAUUACUGGCCGUAAGGUGAGGGGUGUCAAGUCCUUGGGGAAGCUGGAGAAGAUCAUGGUGGAGCUCAAGGAAGCCGGUAUCACUCCAGAUGAAUACUUGACUAAAUUGUAUUUUGAGAAGAAACAAGAACUCUUACAAAAGGAAAGCCAACAGGUCAAACAAGGAUAACGACUUUUUGAAUUGCUGUGUCCUGGUCCAAUGUCAAAGAAUUUUUAUGUUGCAUUCUUUAUCAGUGUUUAUGGACGAUGAGAUUUUAGGCUCUCCUUUUAACCAUGUUUGAAAGCCUUUACAUUUAAAAAGCAUAAAAAAUCAAAAUAUUGAAACUUGAACCAUGUUCUCGGGGAAUAAUGAUGAAUAUAUUAGAAAAUCAUUCACUUCUUGUCUCAUUUGUCUGUUCAGUUUUGACGUAGGACUGUUAAUUUCUUCAACUGUGGUACAUUGGCCAGUUUUUUGGUCUAUAUGUUUGUUAAAGUGCUUAUUUGAAACAUUUAAGUAUGCUCUUUUGAGUUCUUUAUUAUAUAUUAGCAGUUUUUGCCGUUUUCAUACUGCAGAGGAAAUGGAGAAGUGGGUCAGCUGUUAAGGUUCUGUGUUAGUGACUGAAAGCAGAACCUGUUCUCAACCCUCCAUCUCAUUCUUUUAAUAAAGGUGCCCAGUUUGGCUGUCAUCAACAAAAAAAUCAAAUAAAUGACAAAUUCUAUUUCUGUGGCUUUCAAAAUAGUGUUGAUACAUGGGGAAAAAUUCCCUUGAAAGCUUGUAUGCAUUAACAGAAAUGAUACUGUAGUGCAAAGCAAGUACACGAUAUGGCCAAAAUUAAAUGGACACCUUACCUUCACACCCAUAUGUAGGUCUUCCCCAAACUUUAACCACAAAGUUGGAAGCACAUAAUUGUAUAGAAUCUUUUUGUAUGCUGUAGCUUUACAAUUUCCCUUCACUGGAACUAAAAGGCCCAUGUCUACAAAGAUUUUUCAAUAUACUGUAUUUUAUGAUUGUAAAAAUAAUAAAUAAUUUAUAUUUAUCUGAAACAAAUCACAAAUUUAAAUGAUGAAAAAAGGCAGAGGUCCUGCCAUAAUUAGUUUUUCUGACAUGGUUUAACUGAAUAUAUAUUUUGCUUUAAGGCCUACAUUAUACUUCAUUUAAGGUAACACAUUCUUGAUUUAGCGUUUCAAGCAAAACUCAUCUAUGCUCAUGUUUAUUAAGGAAUAUUUUAGUAAUUCACUUAGAUGAUGAUUCUGAAAUUUGAAUACUACACCACACAUGUACACCGACCGAUCAGCCAUAACAUUAAAGCCACCUGUCUAAUAUUGUGUAGGUCCUUCUUAUGCUGCCACAGGAAAUCUGAAGGUGUGCUGUGGUAUCUGGCACCAAGAAAUUAGCAACAGAAUCCUUCAAGUCCUGUUAGUUGUGAGGUGGGGCCUCCAUGGAUCGGACUCAUUUGUCUAGCACGUUCCACAGAUGCUUGAGCAAAUUGAGAUCUGAGGAAUUUAGAGGCCAAGUCAACACCUUGAACACUCUGUCAUGUUCCUCAAUCCAUUCCUGAACAAUUUUUGCAGUGUUGCGGAAAGUUGCUGAAAGAGGUCACUGCCGUUAGGGAAUACCGUUGCCAUGGGACUUGGUCUGCAACAAUGUUUAGGUAGGUGGUACAGACCCAGGACCCAAUGUUUCACAGCAGAAUAUUGAUCAGAGCAUCACACUGCCUCCACCGGCUUGCCGCCUUUUCAUAGUGCAUCCUGGUGCCAUCUCUUCCUGAGGUAUGUGACGUACACGCACCCGGCCGUGCGCAUGAUGUACAACCCCAAUUCCAAAAAAAGUUGGGACACUGUGUAAAAUGUAAAUAAAAACAAUGCAAUGAUUUGCAAGUCUCAUAAACCCAUAUGUUAUUCACAAUAGAACAUAGAAAACAUUUCAGAUGUUUGAACUGAGGAUAUUUGAUGGCCGCAACACGUCUCAAAAAGUAGGGACUGGGCAACAAAAGGCUGGAAAAAUCUCUGUGCACAAGAGACAAGGUGAAGAUCAAUACUGCAUGCCCGUGAUCUUCGGGCCCUCAGGUGGCACUGCAUUAAAAACAGGCAUGGUUCUGUAAUGGAAAUCACUGCAUGGGCUCAGAAACACCUCCAGAACUCAUUGUCUGUGAACACAGUUCACCGUGCCAUCCACAAAUGCUGGUUAAAGCUCUAUCAUGCAAAGAAGAAGCCAUAUGAACAUGAUCCAGAAAUGCCUCCGUCUUCUCUGGGACAAAGCUCAUUUACAAUGGACUGAGGGAACGUGGAAAACUGUUCUGUGGUCAGACGAAUUGAAAUGUGAAAUUCUUUUUGGAAACCAUGGACGCCGCGUCCUCUAAACUAAAGAGGACUAUAGAGGAGAGGGACCAUCUGGCUUUUUUUCAGCACUUCGUUCAAAAACCUGCAUCUCUGAUGGUAUGGGAGUGCAUUAGUGCCUAUGGAAUGGGCAGCUUACAC